AUGGGCGACCCCAAGAUCAGCAGCCAUCAGUUAGGUGCCGACACGAGCAAGAAGGCACCAGCCCCACCCAAGAAGGCAGCGCCACCGCCCAAGAAGAACGACGCCGGCAAGAAGGCUCCACCCCCAAAGCAGGCGCCACCGAACAAGGCACCACCUCCAACCAAUGGGAAGAAUAACGGCAACAAGCCGCCUCCGCCACCCGCGAAGACCGACACUGACCCCCAGUCGUCCCUCACGCUCCUCCCCGAGGUUGUGGCCAAGGGCUUUCUUGAUAAUGGACAGAACCCGCCGGUGAAGGGUCAGACGGCGUCCACGACAAGCAAAAACAACUACAUCAACUUCUGUGCAAAAACGCUAUCGACUGUGCCGCUGACGAAUGGCAAGCAGGUGACGGGUGGGUCGUGCAACCCAACACCAAUGGGGAUGAUUCCAUCGGUCGAGCACAUGCCUGCGGCCAAGUUCAACUUCCCCCGCAACACGGAUGUGAUCAACGCAAAUGUGCCAUUCAACGCAUCACUCAACAUUGCGAACUUCCAGACUGGGGUGUUCACCAACGCACAGAAGACGUACUUUGCUGCACCGCAGACGCUUAAUGCACAGGGACAGAUAAUAGGCCACACGCACAUUGUAAUUGAAAAGCUCACAGCGCUCAACCAAAUUCUGCCUACGGACCCAGGCAAAUUUUUCUACUUCAAGGGUGUUGAUGGCCCAGUCAAUGAAUUUGGUGAGGCACUUGCACUUGUUAGCACUGGGGUCCCUGUGGGCUUUUACCGUAUGUGCUCGAUCAACACAAGUGCAAACCAUGCACCUGUGGUUGGGCCCAUUGCCCAGCAUGGCAGCUUUGAUGACUGUGCAUAUUUCACCGCAAAGUAG